AUGAGUUUCGACGCAGACAGAAGUACCGACGCACGAAAAGCCAGACUUAAAAUGAUGAGAGGAACUGGAUCCCUGACCGUACUUCGGCAGAACAACACUCGAAAGCUGGUCAGCAGUAGCAGCAGUCGCACUUCAAGUACUGUAAGUGUGGACAGUGAUUCUUAUGCAAGUGCAGAACUGGGUCUUGAGAAGAUGCCUGCUGCAGAUGCUCCCGAUGCUUCACAUUUCUGCUCCAUGAGGAUUCGGCAAAUAUAUGACCGAGUAUAUAAAGAUGAUAUUCUUAAGGAAGAUUUAUUGAAAAAUCUUGCUUAUGCAGCUGAUGUCUUACAGGCAGUGUACAUAGAUGAAACAAAAUCAUCGGAGAGCUGCGCAAAUGUGGAUCCUACCUGCUCCUCGCAAGAUAGCGCUUUACUGUCAUCAGCUUCUGCCACCCCACGCCAGUCUGGCUUAUCUCCAAGCUCCCGUUCUUCCACAAAAAAGACAACCUGGAAACAUCCUGUCGAUAACAGAAGCUUUAAGAGGCAUAACCGGCGACCUCAAAAUCUGGACAUAUAUGAGGACAGCCCUAGACAUCAGAGGAAUGGAACAAGGCUGUGUGAUGAGGAUGAUGAGCUGAGCGAAGUAGAGCCUGAUGCAGUACCAACAGAAGUACGUGAUUGGUUGGCACUGACCUUCACCAGAUCAAUGAACAAUAUAAAGCGGAAAGGAGAAGAUAAACCAAGAUUCAGGAGCGUUGCAAAUGUUAUACGAGCUGGGAUUAUGGUAGAUAGAAUCUACCGGCGAAUGUCAAGUUCAGUUGGCUUGCAAAUUCCUCAGAAUGUACUCACGGUAUUAAAGAACCUUGAUGACUGGUCUUUUGAUGUUUUUGCAACAAAUGAAGAUGGCCAUGCAUUAAAAUACGUUGGCUAUGAAUUACUCCAGAAAUAUGAUUUGCUCACAAAAUUUAAGAUAAACACAUCAGCAUUAGAUGCUUUCCUUCUAUCAAUGGAGGCCGGUUAUUCAAAGUAUAAAAACCCUUAUCAUAAUUUGCUUCAUGCAGCAGAUGUGGCACAGACAGUUCAUUACAUCUUAUCAAGUAGUAAAUUAUCGAACUGGCUGACAGACUUGGAGAUUUUUGCCACAAUUGUAGCUGCCUUGGUUCAUGAUUAUGAGCACACUGGAACGACGAAUAAUUUUCACAUCAACACAGGGUCAGAAGUUGCCCUGUUAUAUAAUGAUAAAGCUGUUUUAGAAAACCACCAUGUAAGUGCAGCAUUCAAACUACUGAAGGUAGAUGAAUACAAUAUCCUCACUGGACUUAGUAAAGAAGAAUACAGAGAGUUCCGUAGCCUGCUGAUUGACAUGGUUUUAGCCACAGAUAUGUCCUACCAUUUCCAGCAAAUAAAAAACAUGAAAAGCAUGCUCAGUAUGCCUGAAAGCAUUGAAAAGUCAAAAGCUUUGUCACUUGUCUUGCAUUGUGCAGACAUUAGUCACCCUGCAAAAGAAUGGAGUAUGCAUAAAAGAUGGACAGAUUUGCUUCUUGAAGAAUUCUUCAGACAGGGAGACAGAGAACAGGAAUUAGGUCUGCCAUUUUCCCCACUUUGUGAUCGAAAAAAUACGUUAGUUGCAGAAUCUCAAAUUGGUUUUAUUGAGUUUAUUGUUGACCCCAGCUUUACUGUUAUGGGUGAUGUGUUACAAAAGAUUUUAGCCCCAGUAUUCCAGACACAGUAUCCAGCAGCUUCAUCGAAAGUAGAAGAAGUGAUAUCAGAAGAGGUAUUUGAAAAGACAGACAAUGGAAACAGUGCUUUAUCAAGCACUAGUAGCAGUAGCCGUCCUACCACCCCACGAUCCGGUGGUUAUGAACUAAAAAGACCUUGGAAACCUAUUUUGGAAGAAAAUAAAUUAAAGUGGAUUGAAAUUGCUGCACAAGAUGCAGCUGAAAGAGCACGCAAAGCCUCAUCUCAAGCCAGCAACACAUCCGAUGGCAUUGAUCAUUUGGAUGUGGACAGCAGGACUGAAGAUAUCUCUGAGGGGAAUAGUAUAUACAAAACCCCACCAGAGAGUGGGACAGUACUACGAAAGGACAGUGAUUCACAAAAAAGUGAAGCUGCAGCAACGCAAGAUGGAGAUACUUGCUGA